AUGUGUGGACCCACCAGUUUUCUCCUCGUGUGCAAAAGGUUAAUCCUUGUUAAUGCUUGGAACGUUGAGUUUCUACAGAAAGGGCUGCGUGUCCACACAUGUUUUGGCAUCUGCCCACACACUUCUGUAUGGUAUGACUCAGCAACCUAGAAGAAGGGCUGCGGUGUGUACAUUUGCGCUUCAGUGGAAUUUAACAAACUGAUUCCUGAAAAUGGUCUCAUAAAGCUCCACCAGGUGAGAAGAGUGAUGACCAUCCUUUUCCUUACUAUGGUUAUUUCAUACUUCGGUUGCAUGAAGGCUGCCCCCAUGAAAGAAGCCAACGGCCGAGGACAAGGCAGCUUGGCCUACCCAGGUGUGCGGACCCAUGGGACUCUGGAGAGCGUGAACGGGCCCAAGGCAGGGUCGAGAGGCCUGACAUCCUUGGCUGACACUUUUGAACACGUGAUAGAAGAGCUGUUGGACGAGGACCAGAAAGGUCGACCCAAUGAAGAAAACAGUAAGGACGCGGACUUAUACACUUCCAGGGUGAUGCUCAGUAGUCAAGUGCCUUUGGAGCCUCCUCUCCUCUUUCUGCUUGAGGAAUACAAAAAUUACCUGGAUGCUGCAAACAUGUCUAUGAGGGUCCGGCGCCACUCUGACCCUGCCCGCCGCGGGGAGCUGAGCGUGUGCGACAGCAUUAGCGAGUGGGUGACAGCGGCAGAUAAAAAGACUGCAGUGGACAUGUCGGGCGGGACGGUCACCGUCCUUGAAAAAGUCCCUGUAUCGAAAGGCCAACUGAAGCAGUACUUCUACGAGACCAAGUGCAAUCCCAUGGGUUACACAAAGGAGGGCUGCAGGGGCAUAGACAAAAGGCAUUGGAACUCCCAGUGCCGAACUACCCAGUCGUACGUGCGGGCCCUCACCAUGGAUAGCAAAAAGAGAAUUGGCUGGCGAUUCAUAAGGAUAGACACUUCCUGUGUAUGUACAUUGACCAUUAAAAGGGGAAGAUAG